GGGGAAUGGGCGGCUGAGAACUGGUUACUAAUUCACCCAAUCUCCGUGCUGGCAGAGCCUCCCAAGGUGACAGUGAGCCCCGAUCCCCUGGACCUGGUGCCCGGGCGGGAACAGACGGUGACAUGCGAUGUCAGCUCCUACUACCCGCUGGACGUAACGGUGAGCUGGACGAGGAAGAGGGCCGCUGGGAACAGUAGCUCCGAGCCCAUCGCCAACAGCGUGCUGAGCGGUCACAGGCAGAACCCAGAUGGCACGUACAAUAUGAGCAGCUACCUCACCCUGCAACCAUCCUGGGAGGACCACCACUCCGUCUACACAUGCCACAUCAGCCACGUGUCGGUCAAGACCCCUGUCUGCAAGAGUGUCACCUUGAAUGUCGCAGGAGCGUCUGGUCCUUCCAUGGAUGACGUCAUCGGCAUGUUUCUGUGCUCGUUUGUUCUGUAUGGGACGUUAAAAUUCCUCCACUGGAUAUUCACCGAGAAAGUUUAUCCUUUGGUCUUUGGAUCAGCAGAAGAAACAGCAAAGGUAAAAACAUA